GUGCUCGAUGGCCAGGGAAAGAAGUCAUUCCCAGGGGUUGAGGCCCUCACGCUCAAGGUCCCCACCACCUGCUUGCACCUGGAUUACAACUCAGCGGCAGCUCUUCUGAAAUUCUGCCUCCUGCCCCAUUUUAAAAGCGGUUUACACUACAGGGCCGACCAGAGAGAAGGAGGAAAAACAAAACCAAACCCAGAAAGCCCCGUGAAGCGGUACGGCUCCAGAACAUCAAAAGCGCAACUCUCCGCGGCGGGGCGGCAGAACGCUCGGGUUUCUCUCCAUUGGGUCUCCUGCGUUUUGCAGGUCAGCGUUGCGCCCCCGCCGCCGGCUCCCCCGCCCGCCCCGAGAGCCCUGCAGGAGCCGGUCCCCGCGGGCGCGGGCGCCUGUUGGCUUGGUGCAAGCGUGUUUGUUAGCUCAGCUCGAGCAAUUAAUCUUCUCCUGCACCUCCCGCCCCGCGGGGGUGUGGGGGCCUCGGGUCGCCUCGGGGGUCGUGCAGAGCCCGAACUAGAGCGACCGCUCUACAGAAACCCUCGUUUCUGA